GAGAGGCUCUGGGGCUCUCAUUUUCACCAUCCCAGAAGAAGGAAAUUCUCAGCCCAAGGGAACCAGAGGUCAAGACAAGCAGGAUGAGGAUGAGGAAGUCCCUGAUCGGCUCUCCUACCUAGAUGAGCAGGCAGGGACUCCCCCGUGCCCAGUCCUUUUGCCACCUCACAGAGCUCAGAGAUACAUGGAUGGGCACCUUGCACCACGCCGCCGUCUGCUGCCCCCCACACCUGCAGGUCGGAAGCCCUCCUUCACCAUCCAGUGUCUGCAGCGCCAGGGCAGUUGUGAGGAUUUACCCAUCCCAGGCACCUAUCAUCGUGGGCGAAAUUCAGGGCCCAAUAGGGCUCAGGGUUCCUGGGCAACACCGCCUCAGCGGGGUCGGCUCCUGUAUGCUCCUCUGUUGUUGGUGGAAGAGGGUGCAGCGGGGGAGGGGUACCUCGGCAGAUCCAGUGGCCCACUGCGCACCUUCACUUGUCUGCACGUGCCUGGAACCCACUCGGACCCCAGCCAUGGGAAGAGGGGCAGUGCCGACAGCUUGGUGGAGGCUGUGCUCAUAUCGGAGGGUCUGGGCCUCUUUGCUCGAGACCCACGUUUCGUGGCCCUGGCCAAGCAGGAGAUUGCAGAUGCAUGUCGCCUGACACUGGAUGAGAUGGACAGUGCUGCCAGUGACCUGCUGGCACAGGGAACCAGCUCACUCUAUAGCGACGAGGAGUCCAUCCUUUCCCGCUUCGACGAGGAGGACUUGGGAGACGAGAUGGCCUGCGUCCACGCCCUCUGAAUUCUCACCCCUCCCCAACUGCUCAAUAAACCUCCUGCCCUCCCCUCCCCAACAGGAGACAGGCAUGGACCACA